AUGAAUGAGCACACCCUUGGAGGAACAAAGAGAAAUCUCAAGGAAUGUGAACACGAACGUAAGCAGAAGAAGUGUCCACCAGGAUGUAAACGUACACACACAAAGAAAGAUGCAGUCUAUCACAAUUGGCAUGGGCCAUUCACAUGGAUUCAGAUUGACAAUGCUAUCAAGAACCCAUCAGUCAUGUGGAGCUCGACACGGCUAGUUCAGUACCUCAGGAAAAAGGAUCCCAUCAUCUUCAAAGGUCUUGCAUGUUCAACUGUCGAGGGUUGGAUUGAUCGCACUGGCAAACCCAAGUGGACAGAAGCUGCACUUCAUAUGGCUGAACUGGGAAAUCACCAGGGACAUUCAAAUGGGGGACAAAAGGGUGUCUUUACACAUUUCCCAGCUGUUGAGAAAGCAAUCAUUAAACACCUCGAAGCUCUUCAUGAUAGUGGAGCAGUCCUCACCCUCAUAACAAUCCGGGCUAUCAUGAUUGCAAUGAUCUCUGAUUUGGCACCCAAGAUUUUUGACCACUGA